AUGGACUUUCAGUCAGCGUCAAUUUCGGAUAUAGAGAAGGAAUUUACGAUCGGCUUUGCGAUCGCGGUCUUUAAGGAUAUAAACCAGGUCGCCCGUCUCCUGAGAAUAAUUUAUCGACCACAAAAUUUCUACGUCUUCCAUGUGGACCGUAAAUCCAGCGACGAGUUCUAUCAGGCCGUCGUGGAGGUGCAGAAGUGUUUUGGUGAAAAUGUUCACGUCGUGCCACGAGAAGAGAGUGUGAACGUGCGUUGGUUCACCUUUACCGUCCUUGAGUUGGAAUUAAUUUCAGCGAGAAAAUUGCUGCAAAUGGGACAAUGGAAGUAUUUCAUCAACCUGACGGGUCAAGAAUUGCCGCUGAGAACUAAUUUGGAGCUGGUAUCGGCUCUGAGGGCCCUAAAUGGUUCGAAUUUGGUCGAGGGAACUGUCAGGUAUCGCAACCAAAGGCGAGUACCAAAGGUCGAAUUGUCUUUUCCGGUAGGUCAAGGGCACUUUUAUGAUUCCGCCUGUGUAACUUCUUUUACAGUUGACGCGCUGUGUUUUUGUGUCUUUAAAUAGUUACAUGUCUAAUACUUCCUCUACAAAAUGUGAACAACCGUACAGCCCUUAGAGUAAUAUCUCUGCAUGGUGCACCUUUCAGAUAAGUAUAUUCUCUUCAAUAAUCAAACUUGAAGAAAAGUUCAUUGCCUGCCUGAAUGUGUCUGGAGAUGCCUUUUACGGUAAAGGGGCGUGAAAUCGUCCUUUCUGGGCUGCAUGUUUGCCGCUGGUCCUCAACUUGCACAUACUUUGCACAGUAGAUGCUAACACACAUUUCAAUACACCUCCCCGAGAGAUAUUUCUCACGCGAGCCUCUGGCUCUACAAAGGUGACGCCUACAGUAAAUGGAGAAUUCCAUCUGACCGGUACAAUACGAUCGAUAGCGAGGUUAAGUGGUCUGACAGGGGGUUCUGCAACUAGAUGUGAAUUCCGAAAGACACGACCAAGCCCCGGAUGCGUAGUGCGACCGCGAGAGCAUAUAACGCCCCCUGCUACUGGAUGCAACCUGUUAGAGACGAGAGACUAGAAAUGUCUUAGGAACGAGGCUUGCAUGCUCCAAAAUUCCGCUCUCGCGAGUUUUUUGAUCGUAGCUUAUAUCCUACAGCAAUGGGCACAUAAAGGCCAGUUAAACGUAGUCAGCAGCCAUUUCAAGAUAAUGUCCAUUUCUAAACCGUUGAAAAUUAGAAAAAGGAAAGCAAGAUUUCGGCAUUUCUCCUGGUAUUAGGACAGCCUUUUUCAGAAACAAUGUCUAAAUUGCUCCCACAAAACAGCAUUCUCACAUCUCUCACAGCGCUCCAGAUCAUAGCUGACGAACUAAAAACACCUGAACGAAAUGGCAGAACAUUUAGCUUAUAGGUUAGCUGAACCGGACUUAACAUCUGGGCUUUUUGGCUUGGGUUUAAGGAAUUCAUGGCUAAAACUAUGCUGCCGUGCAUGACGUUGGAGUCUUUGAAGAUGGGAGGGCCAAAUAACAACUCGAAACGUCAGACCUCCCAUAAAAUUCUUCCGAUGAACGCAAUUUCUUCGUCUUACUACGGCGAAAUUAGAAGCGGGGAUACUUGUUUCGUCACCUCUGUCAGUAUAACAUAUCGAAAAUGUUCUCGUCCAUGAAGAAAACUAUUUGGAGGACAAAAGUAUUUAAAUUCAAUCCACCAAAUUAUUUUGGACGUCUUAUCAGGUCAGGGCCACCUAAAUUACCCUGUUAUACGUUAAAACAACAUUUCACAUGAUCUAUUUUCAGAAACCUUGUUUUCAUAACCAUAAGUACAUUAGGUGCCAUUGCUUUACGCACAGUUGGUAUACAGCCAAACCAGUAACUACUCUCCAUGGCCCUGAAUAAACUCAAAUGUACUUUCCAAGACGAAUGCUCAAUCGGUCGUCAGCCUGUUCGGUAAGGCCAAGAGAUUUGAUCAGCCAGUUCACUUCGUUAUGAAACAAUAAACAGAUAUAUUGAGAAACUUUUGGCCCUCAGAGAUAACAUGACUCAUUGGGGUGGUCGCUCCGUUUUUUUCAUGCUAGUGUAUAAUUUAAGGAGUAAAAGACAGUGCGCCACUUGGCUGAUACUGUCGCCGCUUAGAAAACGGGUCAUAUUACUUCGUUUCUCUUCAUAUUCCGUGUUACCUGCUGAUCCCGUACUGACACAUGCAGAGGCAGAGAGAUUCAGAUCUUGCCGCAACUCAUUUUCGGUAAUGCAUCUUCAAAAUGAAGAAGUAAAAUAUUUCAAAAUGGCGUUUACUGACGGAACCUGAUUUCAGGAUGGAAUACAGGAUUUUUGCUUGGAGUUUGCUGCUCCGACUUUGAGCCCUGGUAGACGGUCGCAGUGGGACAUGCGAAGAGCAAAGCAUCGUAGCACAUUUGACCUUGGGCUAAUUUAGGGGAGAUUAAUGCUGAGAUUAAGUUGAAGGUUAAGACAAAGUUCGAGAGUGCGGUUAGAGUUGAUGCUUAGGUUGCGGUUAGUAGUAGGGUUAAGACACGGGUAUUGGUAUCCUUCCUGAAAAUUAGCACAAGAAAACUUACGUUACCGAGAGGAGUUCCUAUUCCCAUGUCACAAUGGCAGCCGUGUAGCAUCAGAUGAUCAGUAAUGCAAAAGUAUCGCCAAUGAUGUGAGCAAAGACUAAUAUAUUGACCCAUGUUUUUUGCCUAAAGUUAACUAUGCCUCCAUGCCAGCUUCGCAAGUGCUUGGGGGUGGAUCUGGAUUCAGGUUCGACGUUAAGUAAGGUACGAUCUAAAAUAUUGAACAGCCCACUAGAAUGGCUCUCGCUGGGUUGUUUCGAUAGGGGCCGGCGCACAGAAGUUGCCUGCAGUCAUAUCAUCAUAUACCACACACAGGAAAAAAUACACAAUGGUGAGAAUGGAAGUCACUGGAACUAAAUUUCUGGACUUUCCAUCGUUAAUGAGUCUUGCAUGCCCCGAAAGGUAGCUUCUGCUGACACUGACAUCCACGGGAAAUUGUAUGUUUUAUCAUUACUUCACAGGUACUUUCAAAUGACUGUAUGAACUGAGGGGAAGUGGAUGAACUUGCCAAAGACUGACGGUCUGUCUUCACAUCAAGAAAGAGAAUACUUCUGGCAGCUAUUAAGGCUUUGCGAUGAGCCAAAUCAGAGAGGAAUUUUUGAUGCUGGGAAAAAUUAUGGCCAAGAGAGCAUACAUUAUUCGUGGCCGAAAUGUUUAUGAUCAAAAAGGAGGCCUUACCACCUAAUUUGGCCAUAGUCAGAAUUUUGCAAGUUGCCGCUGGAGUUGUCUGUCAAGUUUAUUUGAAAUCUAAUGGAGCUCAUAAUCCAGUCAGGCGUUAAAUCUGUUAGCACAUGCACUGUCUGUUGCCAGAGGCAGGGGUAAGCUCUUAAGAGAGUUUGAAGAUGUCAUAAAUACCAAAAUGGUGGUGUUUCGAGGUCUCUUUUUAGUCCAUUCCCGCAAGAAAGACCACGGUAAGUGACGUGUUGCAUAAAACGCGAGGAGAAAUUCUGAGAUGCGUCUUUGAUUAAGAAGUGGGUAUUUCGGCAUGGACCAUCAUUCAGAUAAUUCGCAAGAAAUUUCAACCAUUCUAGAAGGCUGGUCUUUAAAGGCGCUGUUUUUAGGUCGCUUGAAAAAAUAAACACUCGGUGAAAAUGACUAGUCAAACGCUGUGAAUUUUUCCUCAUAAAUUCAUAAAACAUAAGCAGACUUUAUACUCAAAAAUAGGUUACUGUUUAAUUGUAAAAGUUUAUUUUAAAUUCAGGAAUAGAUUUGAGGUUAAUCUACUCUUGCAAUUGUGUUUUGCGUUUAUAAUAUAGUUAUAUCCAUCUUUCAUGAUUAGAAAACAGUUAAAAACAAGGAAGUAUAUUUUUCCAUAGGGUCUCCAUAAAACAUGUUACCAACGAGCGGAAAAUAAAGGCGGAAGUCCAUAUCACCUAAAUAGUCAUUACUAUCGAGUGCGCUUUGUACACGGUGAAAGGAGACGCGUCCAAAAGCCGGCAUUCUCCUGUGACUGAAGUAUCUUGGAGUUAUGCUGCAAGCUAGUAAAUAUCACAGUUUUCCUAGUCGAAAAAACAUUCCAGAAAUUCGGUUGACUUUCCGUGCUCUAAGCCACUUACUACAGGUCUGCAUUACUUCUUACGUCUAGGGAACGGAAUGAUCGGCGAGUGGUCGUCGACCAAUCACUGCCGAGAGGGCAUCGAGCCUGUAGCUCACCGAUUAGAGCGCCGGCCCUACUAACGUCUAAUAAGCAAAGAACACAGAUUGAAACUUCUGGUUUCCCAAGUCACACCUGACUGCCGAUAGCCUCGCUGGUCUUUGUCGGUAGCCCAUCAUCUGCGUAAUGAGGGCAUCUUAAUCAUCACGAAAUGAAGUCAAAUCGCAGUCUGAUGAAGAGGCCGAAAAACACCAAAAGAAGGGUUUUAUGCUCUUCAGAGGUUCCCUGGCUUGUGAGCGCGUUCCCCCACAAGCGCGAUAUCGACCUGAACAACUGUGCCAUCAUAACACCUGGUCAGCGGGAGAUUGAUAAUUUAAUGAGAUUACAGCCAGAUAUUUGAACGCCACGGAAAGCACGUGAAUUGUACUGUGACUUGCCUGCCUGGGAGGGGCAGAUGACGUAUGUGCACACUAGAUAUCCAAGGUUGUUAAUUUCGACUAAUGCGCCAACUGGAGACUUCACAGCAGCAGCAGACUCUGAUUUCAGCAGAGGUUGAGGCACCACGAAAACGCUGAUUUAUUGCCUGAAAUGCGGAGGCAGUUUUUGGCGCGCGAUUAGAAUCAUAAGAUGGCCCUGUGAAACAUGCUGAAAUCCUCGCUGACAGUUAACUACUUUAAUACAGUGUUCUUACAGUUGAUGAGAGGAGGCAGAAAGCGAUAUGCUUGAUACGCGCCUUUCCUUCGAGCGUCGCUGAGGCCAAUGAAGAGCUUUAGAACAAAGGACAAAGAGCUAAGUCAGGUAUGAGCCCUGAAUGACUUUCAUUUCGGCCUACCCUCGUUGAACACGCUGUCCACAGCGGUCGUGUUUUUGGACUAUUAACCUCCAGCUUGUAAUGCAAAGCUGCUGAUGAUAUUGCGGGGUAUUGAUGGUCCAUGAAGUGCGUGCUGUCCACUUUUCCGAUAGCCUAUUUGCUUGAUUGUGGUGACUAAGACUCACCGUUCGUAUCUCGUUUCGUAGCCGUACUUGCAGUACACAAGCCCCAGCCUGACCCUUAACCCUAACCUCUAACCCCUAGCCCCUAACCCCAACCCCUAACCUUAAUCCCCAACCCCAAAUAUUAAACCUAACCCCAACCCCUAACCCGUAACCACUUACCCUAAACACCUAACAGGCACGACUACGAAAUGAGAUCUUGCCGACUCAUUACGUCUACCCUAGCCAGAAUGCUGCUUUGCUUCCUUCUAGACUGGGGUUUAUGCUGUAAUUGUUCCCUCUUUAUUCGAUCGUCUUGCCAAACUCCACUGUCGGGGGCUCAUUGAAGGUAAAGUCUGUUUCGUGCUUGCCUAGUGGCCAACAGGUGUCGCUCAAGUCUUCUUCAAUAUAAGUGAAUACAUGUACAAGUCAAAACUGCCUCCAUAGACAGCUUAGGUCCUGGUCGAUUAGUGUGGAACAACACUGUGAAUAAAAAUCGAAAAUUGAUAAAGACUAGUUCACUUGACACCCAAGAUUCUAGUACAGGCCAUAAUCUCUGAAAGGCUGAAAGCAAUUCAACAUCGACUCGUUAUAUUCACAAUUGUCCUGACGCAGUCGCAGAGUUGGAAAGACUGAGGGGGCCGGACCUCAGUAGUUAACGGAUCUUUCACUUUAUAAACGUAGUUUUCUUACACUCUUCUUCCCUGAUUCGACUAACGAAACUAGGAAUUAACGGUCAGUGGAAGAAAAAAAAGUCCGCCAUAAACUCACUUUGAUUUUGUGCAUUGCGAGAUCGUCGUCCUUACGUCACUGGUAGUUUUUGUACUACACAGAGCGUAAGUGAUUUUUCGCGGUUCGUGCCGCUUAAGCAAAUAGACGGAAGUCUACUUUCUUAUUACCCAAAGAAUGGCCAAAUAGACAUCAAAUAACCUUUGUGACACGUUCAUCUGGGAAUCGUUGCGUCAGAAAAUAAAAGUUUCAACUGGCAGGAGCUGAUAAUCAUAUUUUCCUCCGCUAUAUUUGGCUAUAUCUGCCUAUGACAGUUACACCAUAUAUGUUUGAUCCCUAUUUUCCAAUGAUUUUUCCUCAAAAUAAUUAUUACUUUAAGACCUGCAUUCUACUGUCGAUGCUCAGGACGGCAGGGACAUGAUUCCAGCGUAACUUUCCCUUGAUUAUACAUUCACUUGUGUUUCAUUGUCGACAGGUUACGUGGGUUAAAGGUGGAGUACAUGCAGCGCUGAAGAGGGAGUUUGUGGAAUUCAUGCUUUAUGAUUCAAAGGCCAUUGAAAUUAGAAAAGCCCUCGAAACGCACGCCUACUACAAAUGUCCGGAUGAACAGUUCUUUGCUACGCUCGUCUACAAUCCCCAGCUCGGCGCGCCUGGAGCCUGCUUGCAUGUUCAUGAGCCGGAUGACGAUGGCGUGGACGUAAGCCGCCUUCACCAUCUCAUCCGCUACAAGAAGUGGUUCGGUAAGAACUGUCCCACGAAAACUCGACGUGGGAUUUGUAUCCUCGGAUCAAUGAGCCUUUCAAGUUUGGAGAAGGCGCAGGAACUUAUUGCGAACAAAUUUCACGAAGACUAUUACCCCGAGGCUUACGAUUGUCUAGAGCUCCAUCUCUUGCAACGGACGUACAACCCACAACCAUUCGAUACAACACCCUAUACCCGACUGUACUGCUCGCAGGAGCACUUGUGACUGGCAGCAUGUCAGAGUCAGGUGCCAUUCUGUUUAUACUUUGCAUUUUUAGAGGAAAUGAUAUUUUUGCAAAGGCAUUUGCUUUGAAGACACAUUAGGUAAGAUUUAAAUGUGAUGAUUUGUUUUGAAAAAAAAUAUAAUGGCAAAUAUUGAAAUUGUCUUUUUACUUUGAAAAAUAUUUAUGAUUAAGGAAGUAUACAGGCAGUUGAACAGCGAAGAAUAGCCAUAAUACAAUGGAAUGCGUAUGCCCGUGUCCGAAUCCUGAUCCUAACUGCGAUUUUAACCCCAAGCGCCAACUCUAUGCACCUUUAGAAUUUGACGCAGGACCAACCGAACUGGGGAAUGUCUUUUCGCAUGUUUAGCCUAUUUUUGCUUGCUGCUAUUUGUGGGCCGCGAAUAUUCUUAACCUCAUUGUCUACCAUUCUCAGCACUUUAGCAGUUUCAGAAGCAUGCGUAGAGUAAAAGUAAGAAAAGUUGUCGUAUUUUGUCGCAAAACAAACAGACGUCUUCGCCUUAAUCCAUAUUUUUAUCAGAUGACGGAUUACCUAGUGAGUUGGCAGAUUUGAAUAAUCUAUCUGACCAAAUUGUGAAAGAUUCGACGGCCUCGGUGCGAUUCGGGUACAUGGCGCAAGGGAAAGGCUUGAGUUCAGCCAACGCUCUAACCAUCUGAUCUACGAGACCUUACUGGAAGCCGUGAGUAGUCAUCUAGUGGACUCUAAUUCGACUGAUUAGAAAAUCUUGUUUGAGCAAUCAGUUUACUGCAUCAGAAUUGGUGGAUUCAGUACGUUGCAGUAGUCAGGGCGGGCGACUAGACUCAAUGCAAUUAAACUCAUGGCUCCCUGUGGGGCCUCGUAACCUAGGCGGUUUGAGCGUUGACUGUGCGUGGCUGCCGAGUUUUUCACAGGCGGGUCUAAUGUAAUUUCGAAUUUCGUAAGGUCAUUCUUUUCCAUAAAUCAUUAAAUGCAAGUACGAUCGUGAGCAUAGAUUCUAUGAACGAAUACUAAUUUCAUUUAAAAAAAGCUGAAAAUUGAUGAAUAUGCCUACUCUACUAUGUAGUUUUUUGAUCGCGGAUCUGAUAAAUGCACUGGAAGACUUUCGGCCAAAGUCGGCAUAAUUUCCGCGUUCGCGCUUAUGCUGUUGUACGUUUUUUGAUUUGACACGCGUAUUAUAGUCCACCUUAAAGUGCUCGAAGUAACUGUGGGCAUGUCGCUAAACAGCCAAACGGUUAAUUUGAUCAAACCGUUCCGCCAUGCAAUAGUGCGUCUGAAUGAAACAUAGAUACAAGUAGUACACGUUGAAAGUGAGAAUAUUUUAAGGUUAAGGUAUCUUCGCUAUGAGUAGAACAGUUGCUGUUUGAUCUGCGAUCAAAAUGAAAUGUUAUAUCGUCCGAAUAUGUCUUUAACGAGUUACUUAAUAUGUAAGGUCAAAGUGCCAAUCAAAAAAGACAUUUCAACUUAAAGUGCUCCCUAAUGUUGCGGAUUGAGAGUGACUAUCACUAAACACCUAGGAUUAACGUCGACUGCUGGUAGAAGUGCUCGAGCGCACGAGAGGGAUUUGGCAGCGUAUACAACAGUCAGCGUGGGCACUGUACCUGCCCUGAUAAUCAGGAGCAGAAUAAAUUCGCUCAUUUUUGCAGUAAGCGAUUCUCCUUGGCUGCCUCGAAAUCACUCAUAUAAGCAUUAGCCAGUUACAUUUCUGUAGCUUCCUGAAACCAAAGAUGUCCAAUUUUCAGUACUCCCGAGUCUGCUCUUUCUCACAGACACAUGCUCUAAUCGGUUUUGACUGUCUCUAAUUCUGGAAAUACCUAUUUGCUCAGUACGAUGGCCUUCAAAUAGUCCUUUAUGUUAUUAAGGCUGCUAUUAAUUAAGCUUAAGGGUUCGAACACAACACCAAAACGUCAGGUGAGAAGAUGUCGAGUUUCUACCAUCCCACAUCAUUUUGAAUGAUCAAUCGAUGAUCCAAAAUUCCGUCCCAUUGUAAUACCAAACGUAUUGUACAUGGACAUGAAUGAACACAAGUUCUGUCUUUAAUGAAGUUUUUGGCGUGAAUCAGCAGUGGCAAACACCUGGAAGACAGUGUGUUUGAGAUAAGAUUCAUGCAGUUAUUUCAUGUCGGCCGAGAUAAAACUACAUCGUCAAGACAGACUGGACAACAAGCAGACGCUCUGAUAUUUUUUCCUUCACACCUGCAUUCAUCAAUCACUUUUGCCGGCCUCUAUAAAAAAGAUGAAGUUAAAUUUUUUAAAUAAAGUCAUAAUAAAUAUAAGGCACUUCUUCCAUCGUCAUAUGCAGCAGGCUCAUCUAGUCAUUCCUUUCGACUACAUAUGCGGUAUAGUUUAAUUCACGAGGUUCAAUAGGCUCCUAAAUUCGCUAUUCAUGACAGGCGGUCAUAAGUCCGCCCUAAGUUCAACAUAUUGCAGAUUCCCGAAGUGGAGGUAUAUGUGACACCGAUUCUCGAAGAAUUCCCACAUCAUGAUCUUUUGACAUUCCACCAAACACACACAGCAAUCCCCAGACAUGCCAUUUGGAAAGGCACCCAAUAUUCCGCACCUCUCUUGAUACAUGUAGAUUUGGUAAGAAAUGGGGAUAGAACCCCAGUGGUCGCCUUUCACUAAUUUUUGUUCAUGCAGAACUUUUUAUAGCUAUUUGAUUCUUUAGUAAUUCUCUAAACUCGUAUUUACACUUGUUGGUUUAAGUUGGUGUGUAUUAACUGCCACGUGGUACACUUCAACCGGUGUGAGUUUCGAUACCACUAACUGACCUUUCGCACACUAUCUAUGUCCUUCCCUGGGCGGCAUUAACAGUUAAGUCUGUUCUAGCAUGGCUGUUUUGCUUGGCCAGUAUCGACCGUUUGCUAUCGUGGGAUCGUAUUACCGAUCGUCUUAACCCGCUGACCCCCUCCCCGGUAGUACAGUUGGCCUUACGCAAAAUACCAGGAGGGAUUACUAUUACUCAAUUCGAAGCCUGACUCUAUCCCUAGAGCAGACCUUAACCUCGACGCCAAUUUUAAGAUAACCUUUCAUCCCAAACAUACUCCUGACUAUAAUCUUAAACUCUAACCUCAACCCUGACCCGAAAGGUAGUCCUUACGCCAGCCCUAACCGUAACUUCUACGGCUGUAAAGUGGCGCAAAGCCCCUAAACAAGGAGGAGUUUCAUGAACCCCUGGCUUGUCGCCGUAUUUCGCACCUUUCAUGGACUGUCUAAGCGAAGAAAUGAUAUCUGAAAUAAAUGUAAGUUUCGUUUCGAAAGCAUUCCUAACGUGGGCCCAGUUUAUGGGGAUUAUUUGUUGUGUCUACGGGCGCACGGAUAUUCUCCCUGUUCAGAAGCGUGGAUAAGAAGCAGGGAAUUUGCCCAGCACAUGAGCGAGAAUGUUGCUUAUUUCCAAUCGUUCAUUAGUGAUUACACGACAAUUUGAUUGUCGCAAUCGACGAUGUACACCGUGUGCUUCAAAUCAAGGUGAAGCAGGCACGGUGACCUACGAGGUCUUAAUCGCUCCCUCUCCCCCUCACCUCCUAGGCCCGGUGUUAAGAUGGAGUCGAGAGGAACAAAGUUGGAAGAAACGCAGGUGGCAGGCACGGCCGGACUCACACCUAGGCGUUCCACCACACCCUCUGGUCCAUGACAAACACUUGAUCAGGAUUUUAUCUAACAACAGCACCACAACGGGUCAGAAAGACAGGGGUGACUGGGCGACCAUGCGCAGGACCUGUAUAUCCAGCAGGAGUGCAAGCGCUCCUACCGGCGGGGAACCAGGGGCUAGAGAACUGCCAACGCACACCAGGCUUUGAGGGUCAUGGUCCUCUGAGACGUUUGCAUUCCAUAAAUUAGUGAAUAUACAUAUAAGAUAGCAUUUAAGGACCCAAAUCCGUUGACAAGUAUUGGGAGAAGACAUGCACCGUUUGGCCCUUGCAGACAGAAUACCCCAGGUUGUUACACGAAAACUAUUAUCUUGAUGGAAACUCCUUGUAAUAUGCGCCGGAACCCAUGAAAUUUAAGCUGACAUUCCUGACAAACCGUUAAAUGGGCAGUUUAGUUACCCAAGCUGGGUUGGGACUGAAGUACAUUCCUAUACUGUGACAUCCUGGCUUUGAGUAGGCAUCUAACUUACCACGUAAUUAAAUAACAUUUGCUGAUCGUGCCUUUUCGUACUGGCAUCUAAUGAGUGUAUCACAUCGAGAAGAUGCUUUCCUAAUAUAUUUCUUGUGCUUUUCGGGUAACCAGCCUUUCCCUACUAGCUACAAUAGAGAAAAGGAGGCUGGUUUUAUAUAAGAAAGGCCUUCUGGUAUACGUACACUAUGGAAAAUUCAUCUGUUUUUUCAGCAUAAAAGAAAAACAAAAACAAAAUACUGUGCGUCAAUUUAAGACGGCAGGGAUGACGUAUGUGUUGCGUAAUACUUGACGGUGGUGUUGCGUGCAAAAUGUAUUCUCUAAGUCCUUUUUAAUUUACCACCUUCUAUUUUAAUAUAACAUUUGACAAAAAAGGUCGCUUUGUUACCAGACAAUUCUCCUAUUAUAGGUGUGCUACGUAAUUAAUUUUUCGAAUCCCGCACACAAGGACGACAAAACGAAAACCUAAUGUCAAUGUUUUUCGAGAGGAAAGAGAACCAGUGAUAAAUUAUAUAAGGUAUCAUUUUGCUGAACGAGACGUUUGUGACGGUGGGUCUUUUGGCUUCAUAACCUGGCUCCCAAUGAUUGCCUCCGGUCUGUGUGCAAAUUCAACUUCAAAUGGUGCGAGAAGGCGGCUGGCUGUCUGCAGGACGUCCUUGGCCCGCGGAAUCGACAGCCAGGCCUGCAGCACGAGAAACUGUUUGCGGCAAAGCAGACUGUAGUUGGAGCUUAGUGACUCGCAUCUUCCACGCACUCCGUGUUCGCAUGUUGACAAAAAGUUGAAAUGAUAGGAGGUAGGCUCUGACGCAAUUACUGACAAAGCCAGUCAUACCCUUCACGCAUGACAAGCAUGAUCUGGUUCCAAGCGACAUUUAUGGGAGGCCUUUGGAUCUCAGAUAACUGAGAAUGCCACAGUAAGAACUAACACUUGCAGUCUAAAUGUCAUUUCUCGGAAGAAGAUGGGCCAACGGUAGGUUGUGUAAACCCACCCCUCAAUCAAAUUUAACUGUCUUAAUAUUUUUCAUGAGAGGGACUAUGCCCAGGUAUUCUUAAAGAAAUAACUAAGCCAGACGUACGCGUUAAACAACAGAAACCGCCAGAGGUAUCGAGAGGUCAGAGCGUUUGUGUUCCAACCGAGGGAAAGUAGAUCAAUACGCAGCCGGCAAUCCUUGCAGCAGGCAUAGUAUGAAUAGUGUCGACAUGGCUCUUCUGGAGGAAAUAAGUAAGUCACAACGUACGAAAUCGAACACGAAAGGAGAGGCAAGUAAAUUGAGGCAUUUAGGAAAUCUAGGUAAGACAAAGGGCUUACGGGAAGGGGAGCGAGAACGUUAUGCCAAAUAAUUUAUCAGUAAAAAGUUGAACUGAAACGACUCAGUGCAUGCGGUUAUAUCAAAGUGUUAGGGAGGACGCAAUGGAAGACUUCCUGUAGUUAUGACUUAAUAAAUAAAACAGGGUCUUCUAAAGCAAAUAUAAUAGUUAUACAUGGCAAAUGCAGUAGGGUUAAACAAUCUAGCCUUGCCGAAGUCUGGUUAUCCGGUCAGUUGACAGCCCACCAGUAGGAUUUAUUCCAAUGUUCAGUGCAAUGAUCUGCUGUACGGAUUGAUUCCCCAAUGUACGUCACACUUUACUUUACCUCUAGGCAUGUAGCAGUGAAUUAUCCGCACUUAUCACACAUGACCCUGUUCUCAGUUCAUUUACCAGGUACACCGAAGGACACACUUCCCACGCAAAUAAUGCGUGCAUGUACUCGCAUGCGCGUUUCACUCGUUGUGCAAGCGUUGAAAAGGAGGAUCGCAUGCAUGCUGCUGGAGAAACGCGUGGUGCAUUGCGCGGGAAUGAGUCAUGUGUAGCCGAGAGGAGUUUGCGUGUGAGAAUGCAGGAAGAGGUUUUGCGGAAGGGGGGGGGGGUCUGAGCUGGCUUUUGGGUGCGCAUGUGAGCGGAUAGAUCCAUGCGAUGGCCAAGAGUCCCCACAGGCGGUUUGAACAAGUUAGAGACGAAUGGCGAGUGUAGGGUGAAAUUGAAGGCACUGGCCUGUAAGGCAAAAUACAGAGAGUUCACUAGCCACUGAGCAGUCGCAUGCGUGAUUUAAAUGCACACUGACGAAAUGGACCAGUUGGAAGUAGGUCUACGGAGCUGGGUGGGAGUGGUGGACUUUUAGGCGGUGGGAUUAUCAGUGCUAAUGGUUAACGAAUUUCCUGGUCCGGAAUGUGGGUGAGUAGCGGUGAGACUGCACUGGGUUUGAAGAUGCCCAGAGAGGCUCAUCCGUUGGCCUAAACAGCAGUUGGAAAUAUACGUGUUUCCAUCGUUACGGCGUAGCGUUAACGGUUUCCCAGUGUUCUUCACCUUGUUUUGAACUUUUUAUUAGAGCUGACUCCCGGAUUAAUGCUAAAGUUCAUAUGGCAGUGCGUCACAAAAGCUAAUCUGUUUUUGGCCUUCCUAGACCUAAUGCAUCAUUCUGUUCGGGUUCUUGAGCGAGGUCUAUGGAGUUCCUCAUAUAGACGCUUUUUCCAACCUUGUCUGUGAUCGCGCUUGGCAAUAUGACCGCAAUCGUAAACACAUGGGUGGGCGGUCCUCAGGCACCCUCACUACGGGGUCGAGCCAUCGUAAGUUUAUUCCUCUUGGUAUGGAGGACAUAGUUCUUUUCACGACCCCGGUGUCUGGAAUCGUUUUCUGAAUUGUACGGAGCCAGUCAAGGCGGAAACGACCGGGUUUUCUUUUUUAACAUUUGUAGGCCACCCAUCUCCCUAACCAGUACGGGAACCUUUUCAGAACAACAGACCUGUGCGCUCCGAGGUCUCGUUUAGAGGAGCACGCUUCGGCAAUUCCAGCUGCAGCUGUGAAACCCGGCGCAGUGGAAGCUAAAGUCGACUCGAAUUUUGGCCAACGAUCUUGAGGUCUUCUCUUUUUUACGUGCACACCCCAUGUACGCAAUCUUGGCCACUAGGAUGAGGCGGAUUCUACUUCUAUUGAUCCUAUAUUCGCCGUGGUCAUGAUUUGCGCCAAGUGAAACAUGACUAUCGUCCUCUCCAUCCAGGCUGUCUGUCUACAGUUUGGGAAUUUAAAAAGAGGGGAUCACACCCCACUACGUGACCUCUACCGAUGUGGUGUUUAUAGCACUGUUACCCACGAAAAGAGGUCGUUUACGUGGGCCUUAACGCUUCCAGUAGGCGCAUUUAUGUUUCGGAUGUUAAGUAGAUGUCAAUUAAAUUGGUAGUGGGGAGUUGAAUUCUGACCCCUCCUCACGUACGACAGUGAACGUGAUGUUGAAUGCGUAGGAGCGCGUACGCAGCCAUGAUUCAGCCUAUUAGUCAGCAUGAAUAAUUUAGAUACUGACAGGUUUGCUGUGCCUCGUGGCAUCAUUCGUCGUGCGGUUUUCUCAUAAGCUGCGUCAUUUUUUCCAUGAGUCCGGAUUUCAAAAUAAUUUUACAGACUUCAUCGCGGUAUGCCUCACCGGUGGCCGAAGCCACAUGCGUGAUCUUGGCGUACAAGUCAAUCUACAUUUCUUGGGAUUGGCGGGCCGCGAACCUGGUGUCCGUGGUCUUGCGGGGUUUCUAAAGUCAGCCCCCUGUUUCUGAACGUAGUACCCGCAGAACAUUCGUGUUGAGAACGGAGAUGUCGCCGUGAACUUCAUAAAUUUGCCGCUUCACCUACUGUUUGUAUUUGUGAACGGUGGUGAGGUCGCUGAGUAUCUGGGGAAUUCAUAUUUGAUUCCACACCUUUUGGAGCUGAUAAUCAAACAUUUAUAUGAAUUGGAGUUACCGCAGUUGUAUAUUCCCCAUGGGAUUGCGUCAACGUGCUAUAUUUUGCAAUUAGGAAGAUGCAGCACUCACGUGAUUAUCUGUUGGAUCAAAGCCGGACAAUUGAGGUUCCAUGAAAUCUCCACACGAGGAGGUCGAUUAAGGACACCUACGAAGUGCCGCAACCAACGAUUUUAAAUCCAUCACCUCUCCUAGGGCAUGGUUAUCGAAAUUGGCUGAACACUGGUGCGGUUUCCUUUGUUUCUGCAGGAGAGACCAUUUCGAUAGCGGUCAGAAAAAUUCUCCAGUUCACUGAAUUCCACGUAUCCUUGUCUUUCCGCAGCCCUGCGAUUCAGACAACUAUUUAGCAGAUCUCCCAGCCUCUGCUGCAUUGGGCUUCUGCGCCAGAAGCGUGACACAGUUGGCGUCCGUCUUGCCAUUGGCAAGCACCGAGUACAGACUUAGGUUUUGGGCACCAGAAGGAAAACUCGUUCGAGGUUAUCGUCGGGUGUGUUCUUAGACGACUGACUAGGACUCGGACAAAAAUGCUGUUCGAGGUAUUGGGAAGGGAACGGCUAUAUGGUUAUCACAGUGUCGACGGGUCCCUGGAAUACUUAUAUUUGGCUGCUGGUGGCAUCCUUGAGGUCCUGGAGAGAUGAUCUUUCUAGCCAUGUACCCUGAACAGUAAAGCUAUUUUAUCCGUGAGGGAUUGUGUUGGCGCUAGGUGUCUCCCUGCUGGACAGCUAUUGCAUUAGUAUGAUCGUCCUCUGGAGAGAAGGAGUACAAUCAAGUUCUAACUUGAUGUCCACAUAAAGAGAUCAGGUAAUGAACUUUUCUUAUAUGCAGACGAGUGGCUAGGGCAUCAGAGGAACACGCGAGGCAUCGCUUUUCAAGUCUGUUACCUAUACGAUAACAGGGCUCCUUCGUCAUGGCGGAGCACUAACGCAUUCGGCUUGAGGAUGUUGAACGUCCUGAUAGCCGCAAAAGCCCUUAUCUCUCCGCGUACGACAUAUACGCUGCAGAGAGUCACAGCGUCGAAAGACUGCGGCCUUACUGGCGAUUGUCCCACAUUAAUCAUCGGUAUAUUGUGGUUAUUACAGCACCACCGGAUAGCCCUGCAUCUGCAUAUCUGGAGGAUGGCGACAUCUUUAAGCUCAGAAACAGUCGCCUUUGUGGCCACAUCUGCUGAAACAGAGUAGAGAUCUGAUCGACAGUAGGCUGUUCUGACGGCCGUGAAGAACUUCGUAAUGUCAGCCUGGGCGGUGUAUUCUUGGAUUUCUUCGAACAUGCGAGUCAGCAAAGCAUUUGCCGAUUGCCUCAGCCUCUCCUGGGAGAUGUGUCGGCAUCGGCGGCACGCAGCCUUAUUUUUAUUCGGUCCUGUUGUUGGCAUAAGUUAAGCUUACCAUAAUUUCCUCAUUCACCUUGUGACUCACUGCUCCGUCGUUGUUGUCGCACCAGUGAUGUCGAUGUGUGCGACUAAGGACUCCCAGUGUGCUGACUUGAAAGACACCCCGCAUUUCCCUCCACUGGUUCGCACCGCUAGCGUUUGUGGCCCGUUGAAGUUCAUGCGAUGGCAAUCACACAGCCGGCGUUCGGUCGUAUCAACCAACACAGUAUUUGAAUUUGUUGGUGUUGGCAUACUCUGCCGUCGCCUGUUCCGCGGCAGCUAAACACUUCUUUCGAUGCGGACAGGACGGUGAGCAGUACGGCUGUUUUCAUUGCACAUCACCCUAGCCAUUAGACGGUCACGUCUCCUGAAACCCACAGAGUUCAGUAAUUGCGGGUAAAGAGUACAAAACCUGGACCGGCAGGCGAAUAAUGCGUUGAUGAGGGACUUAUUCUGUUCUGUGCAGCAACGUAUAGCAUCAACCAGCUGCCAGCGAUCGCACAGCUUCGACUGAAUUUCCUGUUUUGAAAAUGGAUCGACAAUAUACGAAGUUCGUUUGAACACAAGCAGAUGAAAAAAUUUAUAUUGAGUAGCGUCACCAAAAUAGGACCAAGAAUUCUAGUGCAUUGUCUUAUCACUACGAAAGUUGUACAAGCAACACUGAAAACCUUCAAUCAGGAAGGUGCUAAUUGAACAUUUUGGGUAAAACGAUUAAGUAGUUUUCUUCAUAUGCCCUACAUUUUCGAGUUUCUCGUUUGCUAGGCUAUUUUAUCCUUUAGACUGGCUGAAAUCUGCAUUUUGGUGGGGAAUGUCCCUUUGGAAGGAUCGUAAUUGACGGUCACUUAGAGAAAGUCUUCUCAGAUCAAAGCGUCAUUCAUUAGCUGGUAAGUAAGGAAGGGUUGGUCACCCUGUUCGAAAUUGUGUGCCAAAAUAUUUAAUGAAUUUCAAAUACUUAACGCUGCCAAAGUUAGGAUGCGCUAAGCUUAACUAUAAAGUAUACUCUAAAAGCAAGUUUAUACGUCGUAGAACACCAGCUCUCCUAUGUAACAUUGUCUGGAAUAUUCUCGUAAAACAACACUUAAAAAUACAGUAAUAUUAGCCUAAUUAAUGUACCCCCACUCUUCUGACUCCGCAAGUAUAUGAAAAAUAAAUAUCAACGGAUUGUUCUGCUCUUCUCCACUGUCCGCAAUAGAGAUACCUAAUAUAUAGCAUGUUCAAUUUCGUAACACGAGCAGUGUAUACACGUAAACAUUUGCGUAUUUUAUUGGUACACCGAGGUAUCGCGCAAAAGACAUUUUCACAGUAAGAACCCGGCAAGCACUGCUAAAAUUCUCCUUAUCAAACAAAUUAAGAUAAUGUGGGGAUCCAAAGUUCAAAAAGAAACACAGAUUUUCCGGCACACCAGAUACCUGUGUAACGACUUUUACACGACGGUUUGUAGACGUAAGCAUUGUCUGUUGUCAGUGUAUUGCAAGCAGUGUAUCGAGUGUUUAAAUUAAUUUAGAAACGGGGGCACUGGCCCAGUUUGGCUUUUAAGUUAACCAUCCCCACUGAUUAUUCUGUGUGCAGUAACCAAUGGCCUCGCUGCUUUGCAUUGUUUUUUUCUGUGGGAAUUCAAACAGCUGACUUAGAGCAGUUCCAGAAACUCCUAAAUGAACUGCUGCAACCAACAGAAGAUGUCACAGUCCUAAAGGCUUUUCGUCUUGGUACCCGUACAACCGCCGCUCCACAGACACGACCAAGACCCCUGAAACUUGUCCUAGGUAGCAAUGAGCAGACGAAACUAAUCCUUUCCAGACGUUUUCGACUGAAUCAUUCCCAUAAAGGAGUGUUUUUUUCAGCCGAACUACUCACCUGCCGAGAGAAUGAAACGCCGCGAACUUGUCCUAGAAUUAAGAACACGACAAACCAACGGAGAAAAAGACUUGAAAAUCUACAACGACCGGAUAGUCAAACGACAUUCCGCCCCCUCUGGAUCAAGCCGAUCCGAAUGACUGCACAGAUAUCACGGUAGCCUGUGUCGGGGUUGAUAAAAAAUCACGCAUGAACUCGAAACUCAUAUUCAUGUAUACCAACGCGCAAAGUGUACUUUCUAAACUGGAUGAACUUCGUAUCCUUACCCAUGACCUCCACCCAGACGUUAUCUCAAUAACGGAAACAUGGCUUUCCGAACAGAUUGAUGAUAGAGAACUCAUGCUCCCUGGAUUUCAACUGUUCCGCAGAGACAGACAAAACAGGAGGGGUGGAGGCAUAGUAACAUUUGUUAAAAAUGGCUUAUACGUUUCAGAAAAAAUUGCCCAAUUGACUUGCAGUACGGAAGCGUUGUGGCUGACCAUAAGGGCACCGGGCUCUCUAAGCCUCGAUAUCUUGACAGUAUAUCGCCCCCCGAGAAAUGAACCUGACGCUGAUGCCCAACUGCUGGAGGAGCUUAGGCUAUUUUCAACGCGACCGACUACUCUCAUCGUUGGAGAUUUUAAUGCACCUCACAUAAACUGGAGCUCGGCAUCGGUCGACUGCUCUGAAGCAGCAUUCGACCAGCAGUUACUGCGUACCUCUGACAAUCUGCUUCUAACCCAACACGUAAUGUUUCCAACGAGAUUUCGAGAGGGCCAGCAAAUGAAUUGCCUUGAUCUGGUGUUCACCAAGUCCUCUGACAAUAUCGACGUUGUGAAUUGCCUCCCCCCCUCGGGUCAGAGUGACCAUGUUGUUCUCAUGUGGGAAUACACCUUAUUCUCCCUGCCUGCACAACCACUCGAUUCCCGACCCAAUAUUUGGCGCGGAGAUUUCGAACAGAUGAGAAGGGAUCUAAGUCCUAUUGACUGGGCAUCCACUCUAUCCGGCGAUGUCGAAGAGGUUUGGUGUCAGUUCAAGGAGUUAGUCCACAACCUCAUCUCCAACCAUUGCACAAUCAUGCACAGAAGACUAACAAAUAGACCCCGCUGGCUGACUCCGUCCUUAAAGAAGGAGGUUAACAAGAAGAGGGAGCUGUGGAAAAGAUCCCAGACUGACCGGACGCCAGAAUCCCUAAGCAGUUAUAAGUCACAGAGAAAUCGGGUCAAAGUUCUCAUGGCUAGAGAUCGGAAAGCCUUUGAAAAGGAUCUUCUCAACCGUGCCAGGGUUAAUCCAAAAGUCCUCUGCAGCUACAUAAGACAGAGCACGCGGAACAAUGACCCCAUCCCGCUGCUGCGAACAACCGAGGGAAUGGAAAUCUCCGAUGACAAGGAUAAGGCUUAACACCUCUCUCAGUUUUUCCGGUCCGUCGUGACAAGUGAACCUGAUUUUCUCUCCCCCAUUUGUGAAGACGAAGAAAAGCCUACCCUUGAAGCCGUAUUCUUCACCGAAGCAAUUGUUCGGAACGAGUUACUUAAUCUGAAAGAAUCGACCUCCCCAGGCCCUGAUGCAAUCCCGGCCAAGCUGCUGAAGGAGCUAGCUCCCGAAAUGUCCAAGCCAUUAGCCUUGAUCUUCCAAACAUCAUUUCUUACUGGAUGCCUGCCCUCUGACUGGAAGACCGCUACCAUCACUCCGCUUUUUAAGAGCGGAAGUCGUGCGUCUGCGAAUAACUACAGGCCAGUGAGUCUUACCUAUAUCUGUUGCAAAAUCAUGGAGAAGAUCAUUAAGAAGGCCUUGAUGCAGUUCCUCGAGCAGCACCACCUCCUCUCUGAUGCAUAA